CGACCGCGGGAAGACCGCCUCAUUGGUCCGCGCAGUCGGGACUCCGGCGGCUUUUCUCGUAGUGCUCAAGGCGCCGACCCACUUCUCUUCCUCCUACCGAGCUCACCCUUCCUUCUGAAGUGUCCGGAGCUGCCAGCCGGAAAGGCUCCGGACUGAGCUAGACGGGGUAACUGCACUGAGGCACCAUGACGACCCUGGAUGACAAGUUGCUGGGGGAGAAGCUGCAAUACUAUUACAGCAGCAGUGAGGGUGAGGACAGCGACCACGAGGACAAGGACGGAGGCAGGGCGGCACUGGCCGGGAGUUCGACACCUGCAGAUGCUGAGUUGGCGGGCGAAGGCAUCUCAGUUAACACAGGUCCAAAAGGGGUGAUAAAUGACUGGCGCCGCUUCAAACAGCUGGAGACAGAGCAGAGAGGAGAGCAGUGCCGGGAGAUGGAAAGGCUAGUCAAGAAGCUGUCGAUGACCUGCAGGUCCCGUCUGGAUGAAGAGGAGGAGCAACACAAGCAGAAGGACCUCCAGGAGAAGCUCAGUGGGAAGAUGACUCUGAAGGAGUUUGCCAUGAUGCAUGAGGACCAAGAUGACGAAGAGUUCCUCCAGCGGUACCGGAAGCAGAGAAUGGAAGAGAUGCGGCAGCAGCUUCACAAAGGGCCCCAGUUCAAGCAGGUUUUUGAGAUCCCCAGUGGAGAAGGGUUUUUAGACAUGAUUGAUAAAGAGCAGAAAAGCACCCUCAUCAUGGUCCAUAUUUAUGAGGAUGGCAUUCCGGGGGCCGAAGCCAUGAACGGCUGCAUGAUUUGCCUUGCUGCCGAGUACCCAGCUGUCAAAUUCUGCCGGGUGAAGAGCUCGGUUCUCGGGGCCAGCAGUCGCUUCACCAGGAAUGCCCUCCCUGCCCUGCUGAUCUACAAGGGAGGUGAAUUGAUUGGCAAUUUUGUUCGUGUCACUGACCAGCUGGGGGAAGAUUUCUUUGCUGUGGACCUUGAAGCUUUUCUGCAGGAAUUUGGAUUGCUCCCCGAAAAGGAAGUCUUGGUGCUGACGUCUGUGCGUAACUCUGGCACCUGCCACAGUGAGGAUAGCGAUUUGGAAAUAGAUUGAACUGCUAGUCUAAUUGCAUAGAUUUCGCAUUGUUUGGGCUGGAAGACACAUGGCUGUGUAUUUAUUUUUGUCCCUUCCUGUGUUGUGUGGCUUUUCAGCUGUUCUUUGUAGUCCCUUUUAGUAUAUGUAAAGUCAAGAAAUUCUUAGAUUCCGUUGGAAUGCUGAAUCACCUUGUGGCUAGCAGUAAAGUGACUCAAAAUUGUAUAAACAGGAAGCCAGGCUUUUGAACUGUUUACUUAAGAUUCUCCAGCAUGACAUCUCUGUUAUUGUUUCUAGUCAGUAUUUACAUAGCAUCCCAAAGACAGCGUCCUGGAAAUUGUCUUCAGAUGAUCUCAGAGGUCUCUGCCAGGCCUGGGAGUAUAAUUCUAUAGUUAAUGUGCUCUUUGCAACAUAAAUUGUGUGUCUCCUUCAUCAGUGAUCAUAAAUUACACUUACUUGUAAUCAGAUCCAUAGUCUUGGAAGGCAGUUAUGUUUUUACCCUAGACCCUGUUCUCUACCAGCGUCUCGUGUAAAGGUUCCAGACAGUGUACGUUUGCCCAUCAAGAGGGGUGACGUCUGCUGCUGGAGCCCGUGUCCCGCUCAAGCCUUAUUCAGUCUUGAGUAGGAAGGAAGGCUGAUGCUGACUGCCCUCCUGAUGCUGGAAGGCCGGCUUGAUUUAGAAGUCAGAGCUGGUUUGGAGCUGGGAAGCCUUUUUAAAGGCUUCCCAGCUGUGGGAACGAGCCCAGGAUUCACAGCAGAGGCAUCAGCCUCCCUGGGAAAGCCUGAUCUUUCAAUAAGAUACUCCUGCUCGUUUCUUUGUCUUUCUCGUACUUAACAAUGUAACUUUUCGUUGUAAUGUAGCUUUUUAAAAAGCUUUCUUUCUUUCUUUUUUUUUUGCAUACUGGAAGCGUAAUAUUUAACAGAGGAACAUUUGCCAAAAUACGGAAGUGAAAAUAAGAAAGUUAAAUAAUAUCUAAUCCUAUUGUCUAGGGUAAAACACCAUUAAUAUUUUGGCAUAUAUCCUUCCAUUGUAUUUCCUUUGUAUAUGUAGACAUUUGCUUGUGUUUAAACAAAACAAUGGGAUCAUUUUGAACAUACUGUUUUAUAGUAUGGUCAGCUAAUAUAGAUCAAACUUUUUUCAUGUUAUUAAGUAAUCUGCAACGUUUUUAAAAAUGGUCAUUAAUAUUUCACUGUGUAGUUGGUGCUGUAAUUUGCUUGGUGGUUGUCUCUUAAAAGGAAAAAGAGCAAAGACUUUUUACUACAGAAGUAAUAGGUGUCCAUUGUAGAAAAUGUAAUAAAAAUUAUUAAGCUAAAAAAGAGAUUUUAAAAGUCCUACUAUAAUUCCGCCAACAAAAAAUUAUCCGCAUUAUCAUUUUUAUAGGUAUCCUUCUAGUCGUUUCUAUUUGUAUUCUUAUUUAUAAUAAUGACUGUCAUUUGAAUGUAUUUCACUUGUUUUUUUACUUAAAACAGUGUAAUUCUAAGGUCAGGGAAAAUGUAAUCUGGAAUUAAAAGAUUAACUUUAAAAUUCA